GAAGACAACCCAAGGACGGCGAUAGACUGAGAAAGGAGACAGAGUUGAUACUGCGCUGGCUACAUGAGAAGAAGCCUAGAGAAGAUCUAUAGGCAGCUUGGAGGUGCUUGAUGGGCCAUAAAGGCACUGGGAUACACAUUUGGCUGCAUCUAGGAGCAGGUGCCGUAUAUCGAUAUUACUGUGCCCGAUAAGAUUGUCGGUUACUACCCCUGAAGGCGAGGAAUGAUAGAAUUGGACCACGGAACCUUGUUCAGGCCGUCUGCAAAGACAUGGUUCGCCUCGCGCCCCGCGCCGCAUCCAUAACCCAUCACUCCUCCAGAGCCAGAAACCAACCGCCGAGAGUAGCUACCAGAGUAUAGCAAAAACCAGAAAGAUAACUUGAACAGUUACAAACGACACAAUGACAGUCCGCUUCACACAGCGGCCCAUCAAUCUGUCCCGGGGCUGGCCCCAUCCCUCACUACACCCCACGUCAGCCCUGUCAGAGGCAUCCAAGGCUGUCCUACACACGCCGGCACUCUCGGAGCCCGCCCUAGGCUACGGCCCGGAUGAAGGAGACCCCUCGCUGCGUGCCGAGAUAGCAAGAUGGCUGACGGCCUUCUACCAGCCACAGGAAGCCGUGGAUGCCGGCAGGAUAGUGAUAUCUGGCGGCGCCAGUCAGAACUUGGCCUGUGUGCUGCAGGUGUUUUCUGACCCAGUGUAUACGCGGAACGUAUGGCUGGUGUCGCCGACGUAUUAUCUUGCGUGUGGCAUGUUCGAGGAUGCUGGGUUCGGAGACAAGCUGAGAGCCGUCAGGGAGGAUGCUGAGGGUAUUGACGUUGACUUUCUCGAGAGGGAGCUGAACAAGAGCGAGGAACGGGCAGUGGCAGACGGGAAUCUGGAGCCAAAAUUGAAGCCCCCACGGCCAUGGAGGAAGAUAUAUAAGCAUAUUAUAUAUGCAGUCCCUACCUUCGCCAACCCGUCGUCUAGAAUCAUGUCCGUCCGCCGACGUACGCAGCUUCUCCGUCUCGCUCGACAGUAUGACGCACUGGUGGUGACAGAUGAUGUCUACGACUUUCUACAGUGGCACAUCGACCCGUCAUCCACGCAACUACAGCUUACGACUGCCGUUGCACCACGUCUAGUUGACAUCGAUCGUUUCCUGGACGGCGGGCCAAGGGACGAGUUCGGAAAUUGUAUGAGUAACGGGAGCUUUAGCAAACUUCUCGGCCCUGGAUGUCGAGUUGGGUGGGCUGAAGGGACGGAAAAAUUUGUAUAUGGCGUUGGACAGACGUAAGUGAAACUCUCACUACCUGGACAUUAAUUUGUAACUGCCAGCAACACCCGACAAGACUAACCGCGGAGGAAUCGCAGAGGCUCGACACGUUCUGGUGGCGCUCCAUCACAGUUGACGUCUACCUUCAUCUGCCGGCUCCUCUCCUCCGGCUUCAUCCAAUGGUAUAUCCCAGAGGUGCUUUGCCCGGCAUACUCGAAACGGUACCACAUCCUGCGCGCCGCAAUCGAAAAGCAUCUCCACCCUCUUGGUAUGACCUUCACCAAACCCCUUUCCCCGUCACCACCGUCUGGUAGCAGCGAUAAGAUAAUGCCUAGUGAGAUUUCAGGCGGUUACUUCUUCUGGCUCCGCCUUCCUCCUGGCAUCUCAGCAAACCGUGUGACCAGGAUUGCUGCAGAGGAGCUGAGUCUACGGAUUGCCGCUGGUGAGGGAAGCAAGGUCACUGGUGAAGGCGCAAAGCCAGACUAUGACUAUGCAGACGCCGACGGGCCGCUGGACAGCUUUGUGCGUAUAUGUCUGGCGUACGUGGACGAAGAUAUGCUGGAGGAAGGAGUCCAGCGCCUUGCACAGGCUGUUGAAAAGGCAAAGCAGGACACAGGAUGUUAGACUGGACCCAUAUCACUUCGCCGCAGUUUCAGAGCAAUGAGGUCUUUCGGUCUUUGUUAAUAAUCAAUGGCAGUCCGGGAUAUUGUUGCAAUAUACGACUGGGAAAAUCGGUCGGCAAGUUGAACAUUCAGCUUGCUCCGGAGCGAGUAUCAGGUAGUGGAACUGAUUAUGUAAUUAGUCACUACUUUUAUAUUCUUAGUCCCUAGCUAAAGUUAGAAAGAUCAUUAUUACUAAUAUUAUAUC